AUGACAAGACGGACUCACGGACUGCUCUGGUCGCUAGUACUUCUCUGGGUCUUAAUAUUCGUCCACGUCGUCACAGUAAACGCAUCGGAAGAAACCAAGGACUACACCAAGCAUGUAGAACAGGAAACGGAGGCGGAUAGCGGGCGAAUCACUCUUGUAGCGGCAGUCACAGUCACUAUUCUCAUCGCAGUCUCCAUUUUCUUCGAGGUCGGAACGGAGAUGCUAUACAAGACGACGGACGAAGCCAACAUACCCUUCCUGAAGUCGGUCUUUAACGAGUUGACAACGCUAGGGUUUAUCGGUCUCUUAUUGUUCGUGGUCAGCCAGUUGGAAAUGAUGCCUCGGUUAUCGAGUACGUUGUUCGGGGAUGACGAAGAACUCAAGGAAAUAAUCGAGCGGCUGCACAUGACUUUGUUUCUAUUCGUCGUCAUUUUCCUCGUCCUUUGUCUUGCACUUGUGCGCUUCGGGACACGAGUGCAACACGAAUGGUUUGAGUUUGAAAAAAGCGCUGUGGAUAUUCCGUCAGUCCUAUCCGAGUACGUCAUAGCUACGGAGCCUUCGCAAUUUUGGCUAGAGCGACUGUCCUGGACACGAUCUGCCGCUGCGCGCAAGGCGGAGCGUGAAAUGGCUUAUCUUUCGUUGCGUCAACGAUUCAUGGACUAUCGUUCUAACCAUCCAGAUGAAGAAAUAGCGCGUCAACUGGCCAGAGAUUUCCAGCUACAAGGCGAAGAUUGUCGCUUUCCGUUUCACUCCUAUCUGAAAAUUAUCUCUGGCGAAGUCAUGGGCAGGCUUAUCGAGAUUGAUAUGGCAACUUGGAUCGCUCUAGAUGUAAUUCUCGUGGUGUUGCUAGUCUGCUGUUGGGCUGCCGGGCCGGACGGGGAAGUUGCGAUACUAACCGUUUCUGGAUUCCUGUUAAUCGCGCUGAAUGACUUCGUGUAUCGACGAGUGCACGCUAUGAGGGAAUUAUUGACACCUUCGAGACUGCAGAACGAUGCUGAGCGUGUACGACGGGACACUGAGUGGCGUGCCUUGCACGAGUUACCACCGCUUGCUAUCAUACAGACCAACAAUACCUGGUUGUUAGAGGGACAAACUAGUUCAAACGGCAUGGUAGACGAUGGCCAAGACUUGAUUCCGGCGUAUCUGAAGCAGCUACCACAUGAAGGACGAGAGAUGUCCACAAAAGAACUCGAGAAAUACCAACGGAGUCUAAUUCUAGGCGGUGGGCGUGGCGACGGCGUCAAGUUUGCUCUCUUCUCGACACGUCUCGUGUUCCUGCUCACAGCUCUUCACUUCUCGGUUUUCUUGUUGCGUGAGCUAAAGCAUAUCAAGGAACUUUACGGAGGGAGCCAAGUACUGGUUACGGUGCUUUAUCUCCUCUUCCUCACCCCCACCUUCACAGUUCCAAGCAUGUCUGCACGAAUUGCUCGCGAAGGGCUUUUAGCCUUUAACGUGGAGCACAUGAAGAACACAAGGACAAUUGUACUGGUAGCUCGACUACUGCGUGCUCGUCAGACGCUACGAACUCUUCGAUUUGUUGCUGAAAUGAAGAUUCAUCUUCGAGAAAGCUCACGUUUUCAUAAUACCGAAGGAAUUGUAAAACUAUUGGCGACAGCGAAGAAUUUCAAGUUUCCUCAAAGAUUUACAGCAAAAGAUACUACGAAUAGUUCCAACAGCUCAAGAUAUGCAUCUCGAGAAAAGCGGGGCGAUGCCUACCAUCGAGAAAUGCGACGUCGCGAAAUCCACACCGUUUUUUGCCUCUUCGACGUCGACGGAUCUGGCACAGUAUCGAGAGGUGAAUUGGCGAGUUUAUUACUUGCCAUCACGCAUGACUUAGAUGAAAAUCAACUGAAUCGACUCAUGUUGGAUCUCAUGAUCGUGGGUAAUAGCAGUGAAGGCGGUGAUAGUAGCAGGAGUUUGUCGCUCGACACUCCGCAAGAAGUGACGUUCGAGGCAUUUCAUAACUGGUGCAGCACGAGGAUUCAAGAAAGUGCUCUCUCAAAGGAGGGUAUAGUGGAGGAGAUCUUCGGCAUGAUUAAUGCCGACGGCAGUGGCGCUAUCUCUGUGGACGAGUUCGUGUCAAUCUUCGAGACUCUAGGCGAGGUACUAGAUCACGAAGAUGUUCGCGAGCUUGUCUAUCAGAUGGACCGUAAUGGAGACGGGAAGAUUGAUAUUGAGGAGUUUAGACACAUGAUGCAGAAGCACGUGAUCUAG